UCCUCCAAAAAAAAAAAAAAAAAAGAAAAAGAAAGAAAAACUUCAGUCCCAAUGAAAAACACAAUCAGUCCCUCUUGUACAUGGGUGACCACAUCAAGGACAGUUAUGGAGCAUUAAACUAAGGGGUUGAGCCAGUGAAAGCAAGCAAGACAGUCAUAGGGAAUACGGAUGCAAAAACCUUAUCUGACUGCCAGGGUGGGAAUGCAUGAUUAUGGGAGAUCAGGAGACUGAAGUGAGCAGCUUCCUGUGACCGAAUAUCCUGCUUACCUCCUGCAAGACCCUUGACUCCUCACUGAGGAGACAUGGAGGACCAGGGGGGUGCUGGGUUUGGGGGUUUGUUGGCGCCCAGCCCACAGAGUGUGGCUGUAACCCAUGAGAUGGGAGAGCUGUCCCUUCACCCCAGCCAGAAGCUGCCUCCGCUCAAUGAGCGCAAGAACGUUCUCCAGCUAAGAUUGCAGCAGAGACGCACCCGUGAGCAGCUUGUUGAUCAGGGCAUCAUGCCACCCCUCAAGAGCCCAGCAGCAUUCCACGAACAGAUCCGCAGCCUUGAAAGAGCCAGGACUGAAAAUUUCCUAAAGCACAAGAUCCGCAGCCGCCCAGAAAGGGCUGAGUUGGUCCGCAUGCACAUCUUACAAGAAACGGCAGCAGAGCCCUCAUUGCAGGCCGCCCAGCUGAGGCUGAAGAGAGCUCGAUUGGCCAAUGACCUGAAUGAGAAGAUCGCUCAACGGCCUGGCCCCAUGGAGCUGGUGGAGAAGAACAUCUUGCCUGUGGACUCCAGUGUCAAGGAGGCCAUCAUUGAUGGUCAGAUGCAAUACCCCAAGACUCUAGAGGACUACCCAAUAGAUGAGGACAGUGGUGAUGCUCUCUCCCCUGAGCAGCCAGGCAGUCAGGAGUCCCAAGGAUCUGCAGCCUCACCUGGAGAGGCCCGGACCAUAGAGGAGACCUCACCACUGCCCAAUAACUUGUUACAGCGUCCUCCAGUCAUCACCACUUCAAGAGAUUUUCUCAAGCCUUUUUCUACCAGUGAGCAAUUAGUUAGCCCUCCAGCACCCAUGAUACAGCCAGUCAUCACUGUGGCCCCUGUUAAGUCUGGACACACCCUUGUAAAGAGUCAGCCUAAGUUACCUGGAGACAAGAGUCGCAGCAAGAAGAGCAAGGAGGCCAAGCCACGUGUUAAAAAGUUGAAAUAUCAUCAGUACAUUCCCCCAGACCAGAAACAAGAACCUGACCAAGCCCCAAUGGACUCCUCAUAUGCACGCUUACUACAACAACAACAGCUGUUUCUGCAGCUACAGAUCCUCAGCCAACAGCAACAGCAGCACUACAACUACCAGACCAUCCUGCCUGCACCUCUCAAGCCUGUGAUAGAGGGCCAAAACAGCAGUGCCACAGUCGCUAUCAACAGCACCAGCAGCCUUCCUGCCUCUAUUGUGGUGUCUCUGCCCACAGCAACACCUGUGUGGCCCAACAGCACCCUGUCCAAUCGCAAGGCUGGCACACUACCAGCCAAGCUGGAGGAAAUGAAGGUGGCAGAGCUGAAAAUGGAGUUAAAGUUACGUGGUCUUCCAGUUUCGGGAACAAAAAUGGACCUUAUUGAACGGCUUAAGCCUUUCCAAGAUAACCCUGUCACUGCUGCACCCAACAACUGCAGUGGGCCUAACACACAGCCCUGUGGCACACCUAUGGAUGUAUCCAGCACCACUACAACCCUCUUUCAUUACCAGCAGCCCUCUGAAAACAUGAGCUCCACACCAUCCGUGUCCCCUAGUUCCUCUGAACUUCAAAGCAGAGAGGAGGCAUGCAUGGAGGGUCAGGCUGAAGCCCAGAACUGCAUCAGCAACAAUGUGGUUAAGGCAGCUCCUGUUCCCGAGGAGCAGGACCGAAGACUACAUGAAAAGGAACGGCAGAUCAAGGAGCUGCUGCAUAAACUGGAGCAGGAGCAGAAGCUGGUGGAGGAGCUGAAGAUGCAGCUAGAGGUGGAGAAAAGAAGUGGACAGGCCGCCUCACCUGUAGAAAGUAAUAACAUUUCCAGCCCAGCCACCAUGUUGGCCUCUGUGAAAAUGGAAAGUACUGCCAACUGCACACUGGGUUCACACACUACACCGAUGCUGGUGAAACUUCAUGAGACACACCCCACCCAGGUGACUUCUGCACCUCUCCCUCAAUUCAUUAUCAGUCACCAAGGGGUGCAACAGGUCAUAGGACAGCCCCAGACUCUUCUCACCACUCAACAUGGGGGCACUCAGAUCCUUUUUCCAAUGCCCCUGGCAAAUAAUACCACUACCAUCCAGCUGCCCAACACUAAUGUCAAACUACAGCCAGUUUUGCAGGCUACUGUCUCCCCAUCAGGGCCAGGUCUCAUUCAGACCACCCAGCCACAGCCCACCAAAGCAGAGAAUCCUACAUCACAGCAGCUAGUCAGUCACAACCACAAGGUUCAGAACCUCCCUGUCGACACCUCUGAGGGGUCAGUUUUCCAACACAGUGCCAGUGAGAACCCAGCAGGCCUGGAGAUGCCUCACCAUUUCCUGAGCAGCUCCCCAGAGAAUAGGAUCUCUCCUCGGGCGUUCCCCAUUCCACCCUCUCUUAUCAAUGGGCCACUAAAUAAGUCCCCCUUCAUCCAGCAACCCUCAGCUUUCAGCCAGACACCCAAAAACAGAGAACCGCCCCGCUAUGAGGAGGCCGUCAAACAGACCCGUAACCUACAGAAUCCUGCAGUCACAGAGAUUCCUACAGCAAUGAGUCAACAGAUGGAUGAUCUCUUUGACAUUUUAAUAGAAAGUGGAGAAAUCACCCCCUUUAGUCAACAGGACCUGUCUGUGCCUAAGAUGGUGCCCGUCACUGCUUGCAUCACCACUCUGCCUAUUAACACCGUCCUGUCCCGACCGCCUGCCCAGGUGCAAAUGGCACCCCCACCUGCACUCAUGGUGGAGCCCAUGCCCAGCCUAGACUCCCUGGACUCUGACAACCAGUUGGAGGCUCUGCUAGAGGGCACGCUGGUUGGGAACACGGAGCCUGAGCAGAGGACUUUGGGCCUGUUGGAGGAGCUGCAAAACCAGAUCCUGGAGCACCAAAACUCUCCAAUGGACACAUCCGAGCUGGGUUUCUCUGACCCUCCUCCUCUCUCCUUCAGUUUGCAGGACACUGAUCUGGACAACAUGGAGUGGCUGGACCAUACUAUGCCUGGGCUCAUUGGUAGACUCAACCCACUGGGCAUCACCUCUGAAUUCCUAGACAUGCAUGAACUGCAGCUACACUGGGACUGAGUGGAAGCACUCACUCUCCUUCAAACAUGAUUAUACUCUCACGCAUACAUCUCUUCUCCAGACUAGCUGUCUAUCAGUGGAGUUUGCUGUAGCGAAAGUGGGGAUUUGUUUGUGUUCUUAAUGCUGGAGUUUGAGAGAGAGUGGCCCUGUCCCAGAUGCUGCCCUAUGCACUUGUGGUCACCCUCCCAAGUCCGUAGACCAUCGGGUAGUAUAUACUAUGGAGGCCUGCAUCACUGCAGGCGUUAGGGGUCAAGGCUUUGCUGGUUAGCAUGGCUCCAUUAGCCCUUGUUGGUAGAUGCAGUAUCUACACCAUUUGGCUGUAAAGAGCAUCUUUCUACAUUGACGGCCAUUCAAAAGUACCCAUAUAUUCCCCCAUCUACUGCCUUUGACGUCACUGCUCAUGCACUAGCAGGAUAGUCGCUAGUGAAGGGCUUGAGACUUUGUGCGUUCUUGUGGUGCAGAAAAGAGCCGCUCUUGAGCACCCUUCAAAAGCACAUAAAAACAAAUGAAACACAUCAUGGUCUCAUGGACUGCACACAUAAGCAUCGGUCUAAACUGCGAGUUCUCAACAAGUGCCCCAUUUGGGACUGAGCAUGGUGUGGAAAGGGUUUGACAUUCUCAUUUGAGACAGUGUAAUGUCUGGCAGCUUCACGUGACUAGACUCCAGCUCAGCUGGAUUCUUCACUUAUGCUUUAGUUCUAUUCACCAUCUCUUCUCAAACACAUCAGUUCUCCUUUAAUGAGUAUUGCUGGCUAAAUCCUGAAUGGGCUCUCUUUUCUGUGCCAUAUUGAGAGGGAGCUUCUUUUGGGCAGAUUGAAUUCUGCUCUAUUGCUCAUUUUGCUCUUUUUUUUCUUUUUUUUUUUUUUUCUUUGUGGUCAUGUGCCAUUGACAUUCAUUUUGUUUUGUAGUCAUUCUAUAAAUAUCCUCACAGCUAAUUCAAAGUCCUGAUUAGGAUGGGCAGGCAGUCAAAAUGUUUUUUGAACAUGGAAAUGGUGAGGCAUCUCCAGGCCUGCUGGGUUCUCACUGGCACAGUGUUUCAGACAAAAUGUUGCGUUGUUUGCACAAAAUUGACAAUGAGUGUUUGUAUAGAGGAUGAGAAUGUUAGAUUCAUCCUGGGUUAUUACAUAUACCUUGCCCAGUCAAACUAUGUUUCCUAGAAUCCUUUUUUCAGCACUGACUGCAGUAACAGUCUGCUGUCUGCUAGAUGUUUAAUGGCAAAUAACCUGAUGGAGAAGAUAUGUUUACCAUGUCACAGAUUUUUUUUAUUUUAUUUUAUUAAAAUUUCAACAUUUUAGCCAACCUGACUUUUUCUGAUCUGAAUUUAAUUUCAAGGAGGGAUGGCCAAAGAUGGACCAGUCAAUAUUUCACAAAGUUGGCACAGCUGCUGAUUGUCUGUAUGCAAAAAUGUCUGAUACGAUCUUGGACGGGAUUGGAGGAUAUUGUUGGCAGACAGAAAAUUUCAGGCAGAUCUAAUCAGUCCUAGGCACAUGAGGAAAUUGUGGCUCAUUUACGCUUGGCUCAUAGAUCAAGAUUUCAGCCAAAUUUGAGGAACAAAGUCCAAUUCUGAUCAGUGACCGGUUCUUCUACUCAAACUGUAGACUGUUAAACAGUCUGAAAUGAAUCCAAUCUUGUGUAAAUACUAAAUUUGAGAACAAAUAUUUGGGAAAAAAAGAAAAAAAAAGAAAAAAGAAUGAAACUUAUGUCAAGUAGAUUUGUUAAAAGUCUGGCCUCUUAUUUGUGUCUAUGUGUGUGAUUGUAUGUCACCUCAGUGGAACCUCUAUAGAAUGCAGUGUGUUUGACUCUAUUGAUUUUAGGUGCACCAUACUGUGAGGAAAGUUCCUCUUUUUUUUUCUCAGAUUGACUACAUUUUGUGUUUUCUUUUGAGUGUGGAUUAAUUUGCUUAUUUUUGAUGCCACGGAACAAAGCUCUACUAGAGUUGCUUUUUUUAAAGUAAUUAUGUAAAUGAAGCCAUCAAAGUUGAUAUCUGACACUAAAUACAACUGUCUCGCUAUCAGCACUAUUUUAUUUAUGAACAUAGGAGUUCUUUGUACUGUUUAUUCAUCCUGUCAAGAAAUGUUGAAAAUGCAAAACUCACUGGAGUUAUGUUUUAGAAGUGGACCCGUCCGGACAGUUGAAGCAGUUACUGACGACUGUUAUGGCAGCUUAAUUAAUUUGUUGAGAAAAUCAGAGAACAAAUAUUGUCAAGUUUGACAGUAUUGAACAUUAUUUUCUGUUUUCACUGUUGGGAUUUUUUUUUUUUUUUUUUUUUUUUUUAAGCUUCCACCUUCAGUUUUGUCUGUAGUAAUGUGUAUGUGGGUGUGUGUUUAUGUUCUAUGUGUGGUUGUGUUUUUUUUUUUUUUGGUCUGUUUUCCUUUAUUACAGCUUAUUUUUAUUGUUCUGUAUUGCGAAAAACAAGAAAAAUUCUCAAUGCAAGA